UCUUCACCUACGCCUAGAACGCGUGUGUGUCUGUUACCUUCCCACGGUUUACCACAUGUUGCGCCUCGGUACGAGGGGCGCAAGUCAGGAGCCCGGGCCAUCAGAAGGAUAGACGGAAUCUCUCCCCUCGGCUCUCGGUCAGUUACGCGAUCGCCAGCGAACGAUUCGCGCGGCCGGUGCGCACCCCGAGGCUUGCUGGUAAUCGCUGGCUGCCGCCGUUCCGAGUGUGUGCAUCCUCGAGUGCAUCGAACCGACGGACGCGUCGAAGGGCGAACAAUUUCCCUUAAUCCCGGAGCGAACGGGGUGAACGAAGAAGAGAGAUCGGUGUGGGAUACAGAUCGGUGGUGGGGUGGUUCGAAGAUGCUCGAACAGUGAACGGGCGAUCACUUUCUCCACAAGGUUCAGCGCUUAACAGCGCGGUGGAGCGGCCCCAAUGCCGGUCAGGAAGGGCCUCCUCGCUCCACAGAAUACUUUCUUGGACACUAUCGCGACUCGCUUCGAUGGAACCCACAGCAACUUUGUACUGGGAAAUGCGCAGGUUCCGUCGAUCUAUCCGAUCGUCUACUGCUCCGAUGGGUUCUGCGAGCUGACAGGAUUCGCGCGAGCGCAAAUCAUGCAGAAGGGUUGCGCUUGCAAGUUUCUCUAUGGGCCGGAAACGAAGGAGGAGGAAAAGGCCAUGAUCGACAAGAGCCUCGAGAGCAAGACGGAAUUGAAGAUGGAAGUUGUCUUCUACAAGAAGAACGGAAGUCCAUUCGAUUGCCUACUCGACAUUGUUCCGAUAAAAAAUGAGAAGGGCGACGUCGUUCUGUUCCUGGCCUCGCACAAAGACAUCACGCACACGAAGAACCUUCAGCUCUGUGAGUUGCACGAUAGUGACUCGAAUGGCAAUAUCGACCCUGAGGCACCGCCUUCCAAUUACGGUAGGAGAAGAAGUCGCGCCGUCCUUUAUCAACUGUCGGGCCAUUACAAGCAGGACAAUAAGCACAAAAUUAAGCUAAACAAUACGCUUCUGCAUUCAACCGCACCGCCUUUACCGGAAUACAAAACGACAACCGUCAAAAAGUCGCAAUUUAUUCUUAGCCAUUACGGCGGUUUUAAAUCCUGCUGGGACUGGUUGAUUCUCAUCGCGACCUUUUACGUGGCAAUAAUCGUACCCUAUAACGCGAGCUUCAUCAACAUCGAUAGGCCUACCAUGGUCAGUGACGUUGUCGUCGAAGUGCUCUUCAUUUUCGAUAUCGUUUUGAACUUCAGAACAACGUACGUGAGCAGGAAGGGCGAAGUCGUCAGCAAUAGCAGAAGCAUCGCCGUGAAUUACGUGAAAGGCUGGUUCAUUGUCGACUUCGUAGCGGCAUUGCCGUUUGAUUUUCUCUAUGCCUCAGACGUUUACAGCGGUGAGGAAUCGGCGCACAGUAACAUUCACUUGGUGAAACUCACAAGAUUACUGAGACUCGCGCGACUGCUGCAAAAAAUGGACAGAUAUUCGCAGUACAGCGCGGUAAUUUUAACGAUGCUCAUGCUCUUUUUCAUUGUGGUGGCACAUUGGUUGGCUUGCAUCUGGUACGUGAUCGCCGAGAAGGAGCGGUUGCGGAAUGACAAGGAUUGGGAUCUCGGCUGGAUACAUACCCUGGCUGAAAAAUUGAAAAUAUCAGUGCAAAACGUCACUCAUACGGAGAGCUACAUUACGGCAUUAUAUUUUACUUGCAGUAGUCUAACUUCCGUAGGUUUCGGAAAUGUCUCGGCAAAUACAUUCUCGGAGAAGUUUUUCUCUAUUUGCACGAUGUUAAUUGGAGCUCUUAUGCACGCCGUGGUAUUCGGCAAUGUUACUGCGAUCAUUCAAAGAAUGUACUCUAGAAGAUCACAGUAUCAAACAAAAUUACGAGAUCUCAAAGACUUUCUGGUCUUACAUCAAAUCCCGGAGGAGCUCAAGCAGCGAAUGCAGGAUUACUUUCAAACUAUGUGGUCAUUAAAUCACGGCAUUGACGUGCACGAGACUUUGAAACAAUUUCCGGAGGAGCUGCGAGGGGAUGUCUCGAUGCAUCUUCAUCGAGAGAUUUUAAGUUUACCAAUAUUCGAAGCCGCCUCACAGGGUUGUCUAAAGCUGCUUUCGCUCCACAUCAGAAACAACUUUUGUGCCCCCGGUGAAUUUCUCAUUCACAAAGGCGAUGCUCUCUCGUAUAUCUAUUAUCUGUGCAAUGGGUCUAUGGAAGUUGUGCAAAAUAGCAUGGUGGUUGCAAUUUUAGGGAAGGGAGAUUUAGUGGGGUGCGACAUAAACGUUCAUCUGCAGCACGGAAAUAAUGGCGGCGGCACGACUGGAUCUGGUUCGGUUGAUGUGGUAAAAUCCAGUUGCGAUGUCAAGGCGCUAACAUAUUGCGAUUUGAAGUGCAUACACAUGCAAGGCUUGGUCGAGGUCCUCCGACUUUACCCCGAGUACCAGCACGAGUUUGCGCACGAUAUACAACACGAUCUUACGUACAACUUACGCGAGGGAUAUGAGGCGGAGCAGGAGUCCGAUGUAAAUGGCCCGUCAUUGACACUGCCCUCCAUCAGCGAGGACGACGAGAAUCUAGCCGAGGAGGGUGAAACUUCACCUCUCUCACCCCCAAACAAAUCACCGCUUCACAGCUCUUCGAGUCCGCGGCAUGCCAAGUUCAGGGAGGAUUACAGGGAAGGAAGGCGAGCAGGUAGGGGAGUCUUGCUACGAGGAGGAAGAGCAGCUCAAGUGAUCGCGCAAGAAUCUGUAGAGGAGCACAUCCGCGGAUCUGUCGAGAGACUCGAUAAUCAGUUUUCCACGCUGCACCAGGACGUUGCGACGCUCAGUUGCGAGGUGCGCAACGCCAUUCAAGCGCUGCAGAUGCUCGCUUGCUCACCCCAGAGUAACCCGAAUCUGCCGACCCCGGCGGCGAGCCGCGGCAGCGGGGUCCUCGCGAGGAGCUCGUCCCAUCCCCCGGACGCCAUUUGUUGGAAUCCGCCGGCGAGAUUGAUCGAUGCGUCGACGCAGACGGAUUGGCCGGUCGACCUGUUCGAGUCGUGGGUACGCGCGAACCCACGCAGGGCCCUGAAGGCCCUCGGCCUCGAUCCGGACGUCGUUCUCAGGCUACCGCCGCCGUCGCCCACGCCGUCGCCCUCUUCGCCACCGCCGCCGCCCUACGAACCCUUAUCACCUUUGGCGGGCUCGCCGCACCAGUCGCCCUCGCAAUCUCUGACUACAGGAAACGACAGUUACGUUUUUGGAAUUACACGCGACGCUCGGCACAUUCCUCGAUUGUACAGGCCGCCGAAUUCAGCUUGGGAUCCCGACAACAAGCUCUGGCACCGUUUCAGCGCCGGCGACGCCGACAACGCGUCGCUGUACCAGGCGUUACGACGUCUUCCGGAGUCACGCUCGUUGAAGUUCGAUUCGUUCAACAGCUGAGCUGGUUAAUUCACGCGAGCCGUCCGUUUCCCGCGCGCGAAAAAAAUAAUUUAAAAGAUUCCCGAACGAGGCGGAUAGGGAAAGAGGCCGGAUUUGAAGAAGAAGGAGAUUGUAAAGUCUAGCGAAUCUAUCAGAUAUUUUUACGCGCGCUGUAAAGGGGAACGCCUGGAAAAUUUCAAUUCGCGGAGGCUCGCGAGAACUGGUCGGUCCGAGCACGCUGGUCGGUCCGAGCACCGCGAUAACUCAAAAGCUACAGGCCCGCGGCAAUAAUGUUUGAUUGACAGGUUAAUCACAAUAUUGUCAAACUGUUGGGCAUUCGUUGGGAUAAAUAUCCCCGGUGGUUUAAUGUUAUACGGGCAGAGUGGAAUAAUUUCUGAUCAAAUAAAGCCGUGCGCAGAAAACUCCCGGGGAUUGAUCGCGAUGCUCAACGGAAAUGGAUGAACGAUGAUGCGAGAUUGAUCAAAAGGUGGUUAUUUCAAAUCGUGGCUGAUAGUACAUAUUCAAGCCAGGUGACGUAAUGAUACGCAUAAUGAUUUACGUAACGUUUAUCGUAACGUAAACAUGUGCUCGUUGACGCGACACUAGAUUACUCGUAAAUUGACAUUUACGUUUCCUUUCACCGUUAACGUCAAUUCACGAUCUCGUUGUAAUAUUUAACUCUUGAAUGCAUCCGGUUAUUUUGAUUACAAGAUGAAAUAAAUUAAGACUGACGUAACAUGCAUAUCAGAGCGAAUGUUGCUUACAAUAUUCUGUUGAGGCACCGAGGCAGGAAAUGUUACAUACAUAAAAAUAUUUUUUAAACUUUAUUACGAUAUUAAUACGCAUAUGUAUAUCAAUAUCCAAUUACGAUAUCUCGUCCAGCGAUAUAUACAUAUAUAAUUUAUUAAUAUUACAUUAUCGUUUAACAUCAGUCGAUGAAUAACAUAUAGAUAAUGUAUUCCAGUAAGGGUAAUUUUUGAAUACAUAAUUUUUCAGAAAUUUUUGCGUUUUUAUAAACGUCUUAUAACGAAUUUUCUUAAAGUGUAAUCGUGCAUUCAAGGGUUAAGCGAUAUUAAAUAUAUGCGUAUAUAUAUAUAAAUAUUGUCCUAGGCAUUUCUCACUGCCAAACAAAGGAUAAUACCUGACUUUAUACGUCUCUGCUGUUUCGUUCCCAUAAUAAUAUAUUUAUCCCUCGGAUAAAAUGGAAUCUCGCCUGCCUCAAUCUACGCAUGUAAUCCCAUAAUUAAUACGUACGUUGAAAACGUAUGCUUUGAAACAGUCCAACACCACCGAGAAUUAUAAUUAUCCUAUUGUCUGCAAUCCGCAUAAUAAUGCUCUGAAAAACCUUUACGAACUUACGCUAACCCAUAUAAGCCCAUAUUAAAGCGCGUUUUUUUUACUUAAAUAAUUACAAUAUAAUUUUGUAGAUAGUUCUGUACGCUCUGUAAAUUUAAUUCAUGCUCGUAUAAGCGCGCAGCUUGAGGAGCAUUCCGGUCUUCGCUACUACGUUAAGUUGCAUGUCUCCGCGCUAUAAGAUAAGUCGAAUAUACGCUUCGCGCAGUUCCAUUUCACGCGAAGCAAUUCCAUGAGAUUUCACGAGGAGUUACGAGCCGUUUAUUCGAAAAGUUAGGGUAGCAAUAAUGUGCACACACAACACAUUUCAAUGUACACCGUCGACGUCCAAUCUAGAGAGUAUCCGUAGUAUGUUCAUUAAGAGUAGAUAUAAAGAUGAUAACGAGACGCGUGUUUCGCGCGCACAAGAAACGACGACGACGAUGACGACAAUUCGGAAGUGACACGCGGCAGACACGUCUGUCUCAACGGCAUAAAGUAAACUUCGAGCCCGCUUCGAGCCGAGAAUGUGUGUGUCCAUCGUGAGCUGUGUCACGAGAAUCUGUCUUACACUUAGUCAUAAGUACUUCUUAGAUUCAUCAGACAUGUACAUAUACAUAGGAAAAAUGACGUUGAAAAUAUGUGAUAAGGCACGGCUUUGGCCAUGCACGACUACGUUCGUUCAAACACUUCCGUCGUGAUUUGUGAAAAAUUCGGCAUGCCGCAGUUAUCGGCAGAAAGUAUUAAAAUUCAGUUCACUCGCAUCGCAAACGAUCCGAUAUCGAAAAAUACAUACAAGUUGCACCUGUGAUGAAUAAAACUAUUUAACAAAAAUUUUUUUAAAUAACAUUUUUUUAAAACACUGUUUAAUAAAAUUUUAAAAAACGGAACUCUAUUAAACAGAGCUUUCAAAAAAAUUCUUAUUUUAAAAAAAACUUUAAUAAAUAGAAGUUUAAAAAGAAAUCCUAUCUUUAAAAACUCUGUUAAAUUCUAUUUUUAAACAUUUUAUUAAUAAAUUUUAAAAGAUAAAUGAAGUGGGGUUUAUUCAGUUCAGGUGCUUUAUGCAUUUUUUGAUAUUGGAUUAAAUAUUGAUAUUAAAUAGAGUUUGCAAAAAUAAGAUUUCUGAUAGAAUUUUUAAAAACAGAUUUUCAAAAACUCCAAUAGAGAUUCCAAAAAAAUAAAAUAAAUCAGGUGGCUUAAUUCAGUGCAGGUACCUAUUUAUCAUGCGGCAAUCGCGCGAAGGAAAACACUAAUCACGAGAAAGAAUAAUUUCUUUGAAAUUUCGACUAGACACGUUGUCGACGUGGCGAGAUUUGAAAUGUUUUCACAAAUAUCGAUGGAAGAAGCUAUUUUAUAAAUAUUUCAUAUAUUUUGUUAUACUAUUUCUAUGCUCCUCGCAUUAUAAUUCAAGCUAGGUAUAUUACAACAUUAUCUGACACCCUUCAUGACUUCUACCACUUUUUACACUCCUAAGAAGGACUGCGAAGUAAGUAGCAUGAUCCUCUCCUGGAUUCUAUCGUAAUUAAGGUCGAUAAGCACAAACAAGUAAUAGAACAGUUUUCUUCCUAAUUAUCCGCUCGAAGUCGAGGACCUCUUUGAAAUAUCUUUAUAUCUUUAAGAGUAUUUUUGACCAGCCGGUUGAACGUACAAGGAAACAAGGCGUUACACGGUAACGCUACUUCUCACGUUAAUCCCUUACCGCGUAGUCAUAUCUCCGGCGUAAAAGGUUGCACUCGCAAAACAAGUGUGUCAACGGUGUGUAAAAAUAGAUAUUAAAGUAUUCUCUACCUCUUUAAAGGAGAAAUAUAGAAUUUAAUGUUUUUAUCGGCAAUAAUACCAAGAUUCCGUUGAAACGACAGACAGCUCCUCGCGCGCGCAAAUGACACAAUAAAAUCUUGAAAGAAAUAUAUAUAAAUUUUGAUAAAACCGUCUCGUGGCUUGUAUCGACCGCGCGCGUAUUCGGUGAUGCUGUGCUGUAAGGGGUUGACCCAGAAUUACUAUACGUGACACACGUAACUACGCGUAACGCGCGCGUACAGGAAUAAGCCGCAAAUUUACGUGUGAAGUUAAGAGAUUAUUCCAAAUUCGAGCGGUCUCUGUGCGCAGUCGUGUUUCUCAUUGUACAUUUUAUCGACAGUACCUAGUUAGGGAAACUUCAAAUGACGGCCUUAAAAUAAAGAUUUAUUUUUUUCACGAUGAUAAAUGUCUGGCAGCAGGUGAAUGUAGCGAGGCGAAGCGAGCUCUAAAAAUGAUUCGCCGAGCGUAAAGACGCGAAACGGAAAUAAAACAGCGGAAAUGCGAAAGAUGGAGAGAGAGAGAGAGAGAGAGAACAGAUAUUUCUUCUACGACGUUAAUCCUUAUAAAAAUAUAUAUCUGAACGUUUGUAAAUAUUUUUAAACACUUGUACAAUGUGCUUAUAAGUGGCAUUCUUUGUUCGACAGAUGGGUUAUGAAUAAUAAUAAUAAUAAUAAAUGAAAAAUAAUCAUAAGCAA